AUGAGGUUUCACUACAUCUUGGUGCUGAUUUUGUCUUUCCUCUUCUUGCAGAUCAACCCAGGUGCUGGUCUCCUCACAGGUCUCGGCCACAGAUCAGAUCACUACAUGUGCGUCAGGAAUGGAGGAUUCUGUCUCUAUUCGUCCUGCCCCGUGGAUACCAAAAUUACUGGCACCUGUUACCACGGACGCGCAAAAUGCUGUAGCUGA